UGAUGAUGAUGCAGUAGCAAAAUAUCAUAUCGGUUUCGCUAAUACAUACAGCGAGUUUGCGGCGCUCUUCUCGCGGUGUACCGGUCGCCGUUUGUCCACCGCCGCGUCGGUUCGGUCGGAGGAUGGAGGCGAACCGCCAGCAUUCGCCGAAGGAAUCGAAAACUAGGUGAACAAGUCAGUUGCAAGUCCGUCAUCAGCUCUAUAGCCGUGGAACGCGCGGCGGCGCGGCCAAUUUGAUGGUUCACUCGUUAUCAAGGACGCCAGUUUGAAGCAACGCCGCGAAAUUUUUCGACAUUUAUUUUAUUUUGUUGUUUUUUCCCGUACGGUUUCGUUUCGAUAUUUUUUUCUCGCGGCUCGUUACGCGGUCGCGGCCGUGCGAAUGGCGAGGGUUCGCGGAACUUUUUCGCCGUGGUGGAAUCGAAACGGCUCGCCGAUCCAUAUGCCGAGGAAGUGGUUCGUUCGUGCCGUGUGAUACGGAUUUUUCGUUAAUUUUCGCGUUUGUGUUUGUUAUUUUGUGAUAUUUAUGUGUCCGCAUUUGGGAUUAUACUUUUGGAUUACAUUCUCCGCACCAUGUUGGGUGGAUAUUAUGACAGGAAUCCGCUGCUCAAAGGGAAUUUGAAUAGCGUGGAACGAGACCGCCUUCGUGAGCGGGAACGGCAGGCUCGGGCCCAGAUGUCGUCGCAGGCGGCCGAACAAGAAAGUCCGGUACCGCCCGGAAGUUUCCUCUUUCAGCCACUAAUCAGAGUAAACCCGUCCGCAGCGGAUCCCGUUACGCAGCAAAUCCAGAGCAAGCUAGGCGACUUCCAGCGCGUCAAACAUCUCAUCAAAGAUUGCCAAAUCAUCGGAGUCGAUGGGGUCCCGCCGAGUCCCGGAGUGCCGUCUCCCAACUCCGCCAGGCACAAUCCCUUCGGAUCGACGGCGGGCGCUUCCAGCAGACUGCAACCUCAACCGGACUCCCGGACGGAGUUCAAGAAGCCCCACCACCAUCCGCAGCAUUCGAACCACCAGCGGGGCGGUUACAUGAAGACCGCCGAAGGGAAGCCGCCGUACGGCGGCCGGGGCGCCUAUCCCGGCCAGCCGGUGAAGCACGGCAGCACCGGCAGCACCACCAGCCAUCGCUCGAACGGCAUCUUGCCGGCGAAGGGGCCGCCCCAACAGUCGGCGGCGUCGGUCACGUCGUCGACGUCGUCGUCGAGGUCGCACGGCGCCAACGACGGCCAUUCGAGGCUGUCCUACGAGCAGAUUUGUCAAGGAGCUGCGGCUGGACCGAGGGAGACCUUGCCUUCUGCCACACCGGUGGCCGCCGAUGUCGACAACAUAUUCAAGGAAAUGAUCGUCCCGACGACGCCUUUGCCGGCCAUGGCGGCGACGCCGAGAAUUGAACUCGACAAUAAAUACAGCUAUAAUCCAAGUCUUACCAAGUUGACCGAGGCGACACCGGCACCUUCUCCAGUUAAAAAACGCGAACGACAGCUCGCACCUCGACCAUCGACCGAUUUAAGAGAUGAUCUCAAACUAUCGGAGGAAAGCGACGAUGAACAAAAGGACUCGCUACCUUCAUCGAAUCCAAUAGGAAGGAUGUUAUCGCCGCUCGGCGCGACGCCAGCCGUCCACACGUCGCGAAUGGACCACCGGCAGCACGAAGCUGUAGCGCCGAUGCCAUCGACUCUAAGUUCCUCCAGCGACUCGUGCUCGGACUCCGGCUCGGACAGCGACUCGAGCACCGAGGACACCGGCGACGAGAACGCGCCCGUCGUCAGCUCCAAGCCGGACGCCGUCGUCGAGACGGCCACGUCGACGUCGCCGAAGGCCGAGGAGGACGUGCGCUGGAACCUGGCCUCGUUCGUCUCGUCCAACAGCCAGAACGCCGCCCAUUCGCCGUUCCUCUCGCCCAUCAAACCGUCCCCGUUGCCCAAAGCGUCCUCCGACGAUGAUCGGAAGAGGUGCAGCGAGGAAUCGGACGCCAGCGAUACGGCCGAGAGGGUGAUGGCGGAGGCCAAGAAGGAAUUGUACGCUUUUUCUUCGAUACCGUUGUUGUCGAGUUUAUCCGACUCUGAUGAUAAUGGUAAAUUAAACAGUACGAAAAGACGAAAGCACACCAUCCAAUCAGUUACCAAACAGCCAGUUAGUGAUAGUGAUAGUGACGAUGAGCAAGCGAGGACUAGAAAGAUGAAGCCGGUGAGUCGGGCGAGUCCGAGGACGAAAUCGAUCGAUUCGCCGAGCGACAGCGAUUCGGACGCGUCCAAAUCGUUCGCGAUCAAACCGAAAUCGCCGCCGGAGAAAGUGAAACCGGGCCGCGGCCGGCCGCGCAAGAAACCGCUCAACGGCGACGCCGCCGCCGCCGCCGCCGCCAAGGAGGCGAAGAAGCGCGGCCGCCCGGCCAAGAUCAACAAACCGCACCGGUCGCGGAGCGGCGGCGGCGGCGGCGGUUCGUCGGGCGCGGAGGUGCGCAAGGCGAAGCGCGGCCGCCCGCCCAAGCAGCACCCGGCGACGCGCUCGCCGAGCUCCUCCGACGACGAGCCGCCGCCGGCGACGGCGACCGGCGGUGGCGCCUUCGAGAAGCCUCUGCCGCCGCCGCGGCGCCGCACCAAGUCGAAGCGCGUCAGCUCGAGCAGCUCGGAGUCGGGCGACUACGACAAGAAGGCCGGUAAGUUCCUCAAGGAUGAUCGCAGGAGGUCCAAGAAGCGCUCCGACGACGACGAGUGGGGUAAAGAGAACAAGGCGAUGCUCAAAAAUCAUUUCAAAGACGGCAAACGUUCGUCUGAAGCUGCCGUUAAGGAAACCUCGUCGCCUCCGAGGCGGAAAGGCCGCACCAGCGCUAAGAAAUCUUCGGAACCCAAAAGCGUAGCGAUACUUUCGUCGGAUUCUAACAGCGACAGCGACGUUAAAACGACGAAAAGUAAGUUCGGAGCGCGUUCGCCUUCGUCGUCGCCGAAGAGAAUCAGCGAUUCGGACAGCGACGGUACCGUGGCGUCCAAGAAGAGCCCCGUCAAAAUCGAUUCCACCAUCAAAGUGGACGAGAACAAGACCAUAGCGGACAAGAAGAAGAGCGACACGCUGAGGAAGCUGUUCACGCCCAAGAGGGAUUCCGAAGGGGGCAAAGGAGGCGGUAAAGGCGGUGGGAAAGGCGGCAAAGGCGGUAAAGGCAAAGCCGGUGUAAAUGUGAUUAUAGUGGACGGCGAUUACGAGAGGAGCAGCUCGUCGGUGGAGGACGAGACCAUGCCCACCGCCGUGUCGUCGGCCAUGGAGCAGCAGAUUCCCCUGAAGGAAAUCAACAAGCGCUCUCCGCCGAGUUACUCGGUCGACGAACCAAUUACUCAAUUCAAGACUGAUAUCGAUAAUCACGAACGCAAAGUGGCGAUGUGGGUGAAAAUCGAGCUGCACCGAUUGAACGUCGACCGCAUUCCGGCGCUUCGCCAGCACCUCGCCUCGAAGGGUCGCCAGCUCGACGGCGAGGACGCCAAGCCGGCGGCGAAGGCGUCGAACAAAGACCGGCCGCCGUCGGUGCGCCAGCUCGACGAUCCGCCGGAUCGCGGCGGGCACAAAUCGAAGAAGCGGAAGCGGCGCAACAGCUCGAGCUCGAUAUCGUCGCAUUCGACGGUCAGCAGCAGCCUGUCGCACGGCGACAGAAAGAAGGACUACCACAAGAAGGAGAAGAGCAAAAUCAAGGAGCACGUGAAGCACAAGCGGCGAAAAGAGGACGGCGAGCACCUACAAAGAUCUCACAUUGAAAAUCUCAAUUUAAUCAACGCACCUCCCACCAACCACGAGAGGGAAGGCUCCUCGAGGAUACCCCAUUGUGAUCCUUCGCCUUCCACCAGUCGGUCUCACAUGUACAGGGAAUACCAUUCGUAUUUUGAGACGCACGACAUACCCUCGGAAUACAAAGAAAGGGAUCAAAACCAGUACCUGAGCGAUGCGAAAAGAUUGAAGCACAUGGCGGAUAGGGAGUCCGAUACGAUAAAGCAGUGCAUGUUGUACCUGGAAGCUGUAUUAUUUUUCUUAUUGACCGGGAACGCCAUGGAAUAUGAACAAAUUACGGAAAAAGCCGCCUUUACGAUGUAUAAAGAUACGCUGUCCUUAAUAAAGUACAUUUCUUCUAACUUCAGAAGCCAGCAAAACGCCUCUCCUGUAUAUAAUAAACUCGCUGUGUUAAGUUACCGGUGCCAAGCUCUACUAUUUUACAAAUUAUUUAAAAUGAAAAAGCAAGAAUCCAAAGAUCUUCAAAAAAUCAUCAGUGAAUAUUGCUCUAAGAACCAAGCCGCUCUUCUGGCGCAGGAUCCGCAGAACCACCAGCAGGGCCAAGGGACGCCGUCGCCGUUGUCGCCGACGCCGUCGCCGGCCGGGAGCGUCGGCAGCGUCGGCAGCCAAUCGUCGGGCUACAACAGCGGCGAAUUGGCCAGCAGGGGAAACGUGCCUGUGAACACCCACUCGCAGAACGCCGGGGCGUGGGUGCCGCUCUCUGUUUACAACGCCAUGUCCAAGCUGAACCAACAAUUCACAUAUCUACUCUCGUACCAAGAACUCUGGGAUAUGGCGGACCAAUUGGUUCUUAAAGGCCCAUACACCGAUUUUUUCAUCGAAUUGGACAGACAAUGUAGACCGUUGACCAUGCACAGUUCCCUGAUCGAUUUAGUGAGUUACGUGCGAGAGGGAAUUACUAGGCUGAAAAAGGAAAGUUAGGUUCGGUUGUUCGUCUUUUUUGUUUUUUCGUUGUUGUUUUCUUAGAGUAAUUGUAUGCCAAAGAACGCACCAAGUCAAUUUGAAUUGUCAAUGGAUCGGUCAUCGGCCAAGACAGGAGAAACUUUAUAUACGGUUAUUUAUAUUUUUUGAAUAUAAACGCGAUUAUAUGCGGGAGGUGUGAACCUUUCAAUAACUAUACCGGCGUUUUUGUCGAAGUCUAUACGAUCGCCCGGGAUCUUUUUAUUGUAUAUUUUAUUUUAAAAUGUUCCUUUUAUUUAUUUUUAAGCGUUUUGUUUAUACUAUUUUAUCCGCGCGUGGAUAAGAAUUUUUUUGUUGGUUUUUUUUUACGCGAUCGUUUAGAUUUCGAUAAACGUGAAAUAAUAUCAGGACUCCUAAUUAGUAGAUUAGCUAAUUGACCUAUUUUUACUUAGAAUAAAAAGCUAUUAAGUGGUUUAAUUAAAAAAAAAGAUUCAACUUAGAAGGUGCAGUACUAUAAUAUUUUUACAUUAGUAAAAUUCCACGUACAUAGUGUAUAUUUUUCUUUGUAAAUAUUGUAUGCUAAAGUUAUAUAUUUACAACUUGCUAUAUUUGUACAAUGCUGAAUAAAUGAAUUUAGGCCUAGUAAAAUGAAAAUACUACAUCUCAAAUCGGUUGUGGUCCGUGGAUGUAGAACUAAUUUACAGAAAAAAAUUAGUAAGUCAUUGUUAUUUUUGCAUAUACGCAAGGCGAUUUAUUAGCUGGUUUCAAUACUAGGAAUCGUAUAAAAUAUGUACAAAUAUUACUAACACAUUUUUAAAUCUCCUAUUUUUAUAAUAAAGGGGUCUUUUAGUUUACUCCUUUAAAGGGUUGGAUUUCAUUUACUCGCCCUGUGUGCUUGGUGCUUUUAAAGUAUUUUAUUUUAUUUAUUUGUGACGGAAUCGUCGGUAAAUAUGAAUCAAUUCUGGAUAGCCAAUUGAAUUAAUUUAAUCUCUGGACUUUGCAAAUUAAUUUCGUAUCCAUUUACGGCUAUCCAAUGAACGUGAUAAAUUUUAAUUAGUAUAUAAUGUUAACAGUUUACGGUUUUUUUCUAUUGAAACCAAUCAAAUAAAGCGCUUUGUUUUUAGACGAUAAGCGUGCAUAUAUUGUAUCAUGUAUGUAUAUCAUGUAUAUUUUAUUAAUUUUAAAUUAUUUAAUUUUUAUUUUUAUUAUUAAGUAUUUUUUCUUAAGGCCAUUUGCAAAACGAAAUUAAAUUAAGUAUAUAUUAUAAAAAAAACAAAUAAUUUUUUAUCGCCUAUUGUUAUUACUUUAUUUAAAAAUUGUAUAAUGGCGGAAGAACCUUAAAAAUGUUGACGUUUAUUUGAAGAAAUUUUAAAUGUUGUGAUUAAAGCGCUGUUUAAUCAAUGAUCAUUGCAAUACAAUUGUGACAAUCACUUUUUUGAGAUUACCUUCUGUUCGCGGAAAAUCAAAAUAUAUUCCUUUUAUUUAUUGAUAUUUAUUAACUAAUGAUUAAUACUCGCCAUCAAUGAUACUCUUAAUGAAGAAACGUAAGAGGAGAGAAAAACAAUUCAAAUAUUUAUUAUAAAAAAAUUAUUUGUAACUUUUAUCAAAAAAAUAUCUAAGUAUAACCGUUCGUUUUGACGCAAUACUACUUCGAUACUAUUCAACUUGCAAAUCAAAUAAAACACCGCUAAUAAUCAAAAAAAUGCAAUAGCAAGUUGCAAUGAUCGUUCGUUAAAAAGUGCACAGAUCGCAGUUUGGUUACCGAACGAUCAACGUUCGCAUUUCGCGGUGCUAAUUUUGUAUAAUUUUCGGGACGUUACGGUCCGAUGAAGCUAGGCUGGAUGGGACCAAUGGAAACAAUUUUUUUUAUGGGUGCGCGUACGUAUACGAGAAAAGUGAUAAAGGGUAGAAAAGCUGUAUUUUGAUAUUAUGACUUUAGUAAUCUCAUCUCUACCUGGCCUGCUAAUCGAUUCGAACCGAGGCGUUUCACAGAAAUCCCUUUCGAUUGUUACUUAGUUUGAACGCUUAAUUAAAUUCAGUACUUAAACUAGAUUAGAAGAGUUUCUCGAUUUAAUAAUCGAUACGAGAGCGUAGAAGUAAAGCGUCUUUAAUAGUAACGUGUCAUUACAAAGCAACGUUUAUUCUCUAUUAUUGGUUCUUGAUGUGCCUUUUACUAAUGUAGAAUGAUUAGAGAAUAAAGCAAAUAGUCGCUUUUUAUGAUUUUAACGAGUAUUCCGGACGCGAAUAAAGCCGUAUUUUGAAUGCAUUUUACUAUUAGACUCCGGCUCUACUAGACAAUGCGAAUACUGCAUCGAUUGCAGUAUGAUUUAGUGCCAAAAAAACUCUCAAGUAUUAGACCUUUUCUGUAAACGCCUCGUCAAACACGAUUUAUUUUCGAUUUAAACAUAUCGAUUCAGGCGGCAUCGCAACGAUUAGGGCACAACUAAUCGUACAACUCUUUGGAAAAAUAAAUGUCUAAAAUAGUUUACUAUCUAGUAGUCUUCCAAUAGUCUUGUGUCUAGUUGCGCGAGCGUACUUGGAAAUAUAUUUUUAACGUACGCUCGGGCAAUUCCUGGUGUCCUAAAAAUCGUUGCGAGAAUCGCCCUGUAUGUGGUUGGAUAGUUACUCGAUUGAUUUUGUAACCGAACUGAGGUCUGCGUGUCAAAUGAAAAUCAAUAACUGACAUUAUCUUUAUUAGAUGACUCCAAAAUUAACUUAAAGUGACCUUGAACUAGAUCAUAAUGAAAAAGAAUACAUCAGUACCUUGUACAUAUUUAUACAUAAAGUUUAAGAUCAGUUAUACUUUUGAGGUGAUGUGUAACAAAAAGGACCGAAAAUUUUCUUUCAAAUAUAUUAUUACAGCCAAUGGUACCUCUCGAUUGUUUCAUUUUAAACCUUAGCUACCCCGGAGAUGCAGAAAAAUAAUUCUUAUUUAAAAUAUAAUUUAUUGGUUAAAUAUUAUAGGAUAUCUAGCACACCAAUAGAUCAGUAAAAUAUCAUAUUACCAGUUGGCAAUCAAUUGAUUGUGUUGAUAGAUUGUGCCCAAAAGAUCCCCUUAGAAAAAAAAAGAUCAAAAAAUUAGAGAAGAAAAUAUACGCGUAGUGUUCAAUAAUUAUUACACUACUAUACAAGGUGCAGUAAUUAUUUUUCGCACUACUAUACAAAUUUUGCAUAAAUACCUGCUUUACAUUCCGUUGUAAGCUGGUCCACCGCCACCUUCGGGAACCACCCAAUUGAUGUUUUGCUUCGGAUCUUUAAUGUCGCAGGUUUUGCAGUGUAUGCAGUUUUGAGCGUUGAUUUGCAGUCUCAUUCCUUCACCGGAUUCUAACGGUACAUAUUCGUAGACACCUAAAAUCAUUUAUACUCGAAUAUUGAACGAGUUUUCAUUGCUUCGUACACACCUGCAGGGCAAAAUCUUCCCUCAGGCCCGUCGUAAAUCGGGAGAUUCGUGCUUAAAGGAACCGAGUCAUCCAGAAGAGUGAGAUGGGCCGGUUGAUCGCCUUCGUGAUUAGUACCGGUUAGAGCAACCGAAGACAGAAGAUCGAAGCUAAUUUUACCAUCGGGUUUCGGAUAUUCUAUCGGUUUACACUCCUUGGCUGGCUUCAGUCUCUGAUUAUCCGGAACUGCAACACGUCAAUUUACAAUUUCGAAUAAUUUGAAACUAAAUCUACUUACUUCCGUGUUUUAAAGUCCACGGUUCUUUCCCGCGCAGCAAUAUGGAAAUACCGCUGUGCAUCAACCCGCCGUAGAGCCCGAUGGGAUUGUGAAAGCUCGGCCUGAUGUUUCUCACAGCUUUAAGCUCGCUCCAUAUCCAGCUGUUUUUGAUUUUAUCUUCGUACGAUUUGGGCUCGAACCCUUCGGUCUUUUGCUUCUCGGAAUUGAUCGCUUCGUAGGCGCUCUCUGCCGCUAACAUACCGCUUUUCAUCGCGUUAUGAGUACCUUUCACCUUCGGAACGUUAAUGAAACCUACAAAAUGUAUAACAAGCACCCUCCAGGGAAGGUGAGCUUCGGGAUGCUCUGGAACCCUCCCUCGACCAAGGCCCUCGCGCCGUAGGCUAUGCGGUUACCGCCUUCGAAGUAGUGCUUAACGGACGGGUGAUGCUUGAACCGCUGGAACUCCUUGAAGGGGCUCAAGUAGGGGUUCGUGUAGUCCAAUCCUAUCACGAAACCGACGGCGAUGAGGGGCGUGGGUUCGUUCAAAUGGUACAAGAACGAGCCCCCGUAGGUGUGUAUGUCGAGGGGCCAGCCGAAGGUGUGCUCCACUCGACCCGGUGUGUGCUUCGAAGGGUCUAUUUCCCACACUUCUUUUAACCCUGUUGUGAUUAAUCAACUAUUAAUUACAACGUGUUUUAAUUAUGUACGGUGAGUUACCUAUUCCGUAGGUUUGGUAGUCGGAGCGGCUCCUGAGGUUGAAUUUCCUGAUGAUCUGCUUGGAUAGAUGCCCGUGGCAGCCUUCGGCGAAUAUGGUGCAUUUGGCGUGCAGUUCCAUGCCCCUUUCGAAGGUUUCUUUAGGGCUGCCAUCUUUGGCUAUACCCACGUCGUUUGUGGCUAUACCCUUCACGCUACCGUCGGGGUGGUAGAGAACUUCGGAAGCCGCAUAACCCGGGUAGGUUUCCACGCCUAGGGCUUCGGCUUGCUCGCCUAACCACCUAACUACGUGGCCUAAUCGUACUAUGUAGUUACCGUGAUUGUCCAUAGGUAGAC